AUGCAAAACUUUAAAGAAGCAUGGGAAGUUUUACACAAAGCGUACGGAGGCGAAAAUAGGGUAAAAACGGUAAGACUUCAAACCCUAAGAUGUGAAUUCGAUGCACUAAGAAUGAAAGAUAGUGAAUCGAUAGAAGAUUACAUUAAUCGAACAACGGUAAUAGUCAAUCAGUUACGUUUAAAUGAAGAACGAAUAGAGGAACAACGUAUUGUAGAGAAAAUUCUCAGAAGUCUGACUAGGAAGUACGAGUCAGUGGUAGUAGCCAUAGAAGAAUCCAAGGAUCUAAAUGCAAUUUCCACAAAGGAGUUACUUGGAAUUCUUCAAUCACAUGAAUUAAGAUUAAAACAGUAUGAUGAUGCACCAACAGAGCAGGCCUUUCAAGUUCAAAGCAAUAACUAUGAUCGAUCUAGACAACCUAGAUCUAAAAAUACAGGCAGAGGAUGUGGUAAAGGAAGAGGAAGAUUUAAUAGAUUGAUUCGGUGCUACAACUGUCAGAAGUUAGGACACACGGCAAUAUUUUGCAAUAAAAGAGAUGAAAACGAUAGAUCUGGUAAUGUUCUUCUUCAUAAAGACGAAGCAGAAGACGAAAAUGAUGAAACUAUGUUCAUGAUAUUCAAUGUAGAAGAAGUUAUAAAGAACGACUGCUGGUAUUUAGAUAGUGGAUGCAACAACCACAUGACGGGUGAUAAGAAUCUAUUCAUAAGUUUAAAUGAAUCGGAACGGCGAGAAGUGAGAACUGGAGAUGAUAAGCGGCUUGAUGUGCUUGGCUGUGGAGAUGUAAUCAUUAAAGUUAAAGGGGUAGGAAGACGAGUUCAAAAUGUAUUUUAUGUGGAAGGAUUAAAACAUAACUUACUGAGUAUUGGUCAAUUAGUUCAAAAGGGAUAUGAGGUGAGGUUUAGUGAUCAGGAUGCACGAUUAAAGACCCGUCCGGAAUCUGCAUUGGAACUGUAA